AAGAGUUAAAUCAGUUGUCGGGCACAAUUCGCGCAAAACAAACGCAUUGAUCGUAGAAAAAUGUUCAGUGCAACACUGGUUAAAAAUGCACGCCUUUUUGCCUUCAACGGCACGGGCUUCUUCAGAGUGCCCGGACAGGUGGCGGCGAUGCGGCCUGAUGCCCUGGUCAGAACCGCCGCCACAACACCUGGACUUUGGUCGCCCAAACUCACUCAGGCGAACAACGAAAAACGGGUUCUACAAGAAAGGAAACAGGCAACGUUCACGGACAGAAGUCAGCUGAAAUAUGCCCGGAGGUUGGUAGUGAAAUUGGGAAGUGCAGUGAUUACUAGGGAAGAUGAACAUGGAUUAGCUUUGGGACGGCUCGCCUCAAUUGUAGAACAGGUUGCAGAAUGUCAGAACGAGGGCAGGGAGUGCAUAAUGGUGACAAGCGGAGCUGUGGCCUUCGGCAAGCAGAAAUUGACCCAGGAAUUACUCAUGUCGCUGUCGAUGAGAGAGACCUUAUCACCUACAGAUCACACGAGAGAGGAUGCCGGAACUCUGCUCGAACCUCGUGCUGCCGCCGCCGUCGGCCAAUCUGGCCUGAUGUCUCUUUAUGACGCGAUGUUUGCCCAAUACGGCGUAAAAAUCGCCCAAGUAUUAGUAACGAAACCGGACUUUUACAACGAAGAAACGCGCAGGAAUCUGUUCAGCACCCUGUCAGAGCUGAUCAGCCUCAACAUCGUUCCAAUUAUAAACACCAACGAUGCCGUGUCGCCGCCCCCACAGGUCGACGAACCCAUCGGUGGCAAGGCCGGCAAAAGAGGAAUCAGCAUCAAGGACAACGACAGCUUGGCGGCGAUGUUGGCGGCGGAAGUGCAGUCCGACCUGCUGAUCCUCAUGUCGGAUGUUGACGGAAUUUACAACAAACCGCCCUGGGAGGAGGGCGCCCGAUUCCUGCAUACCUUCACGUCGGAUCUAAGGCAUACCAUCGAGUUCGGCCAGAAGUCCAAGGUUGGAACGGGAGGAAUGGACUCGAAGGUGAACGCGGCUACGUGGGCUCUGGAUCGAGGGGUGUCGGUGGUCAUAUGCAAUGGCAUGCAGGAGAAGGCGAUUAAGACCAUCCUGUCGGGGCGGAAGGUGGGGACCUUCUUCACGGACUCGACGGUGGGAGGAGCGGUGCCUACGGAGGUCAUUGCGGAAAACGCUCGUGCCGGCGGAAGAUUGCUCCAGACCCUGACUCCCGAACAGAGGGCGUCGUGUGUACAUACUCUCGCAGAUCUGCUUGUAUCGAAGCAAUCGGAAAUCCUUGACGCCAACGCGAAAGAUUUAUCAGAAGCGACAAAAUCCGGGCUGGCGAAGCCCCUGCUCUCCCGGCUCUCCCUCACCCCGGCCAAGCUCCGCAACUUGGCGGUGGGACUCAAGCAGAUCGCUGACUCCAGCCACAACAACGUGGGCAGGGUCCUCAGGAGGACCAAGCUGGCCGAGGGGCUGGACCUGACACAAAUCACCGUUCCCAUCGGGGUUCUUCUGGUGAUUUUCGAGUCCCGGCCGGACUCGCUGCCCCAGGUGGCGGCGCUGGCCAUCGCUUCUGCUAACGGCCUGCUCCUGAAGGGAGGCAAGGAGGCGGCGCACAGCAACAAGGCCCUCAUGGAUCUUGUCAAGGAGGCGCUCGGCACCAUCGGGGCCACCAAUGCUGUUUCUCUGGUAUCCACACGUGAAGAAAUUAGUGACUUGCUGUCCAUGGAGCAGCACAUCGACUUGAUCAUCCCUCGGGGUUCCAGCGACCUAGUUCGCAACAUUCAAGCCCAAAGCCAACACAUCCCCGUGAUGGGGCACGCCGAAGGCAUCUGCCACGUCUACGUGGAUAAAGACGCGGAUUUGACUAAAGCCUUGAAGAUUAUCAGGGACUCUAAAUGCGACUACCCGGCGGCUUGCAAUGCUAUGGAAACGCUACUAAUCCAUGAAGAUCUGAUGCAAGGGGAUUUCUUUUCGGAUAUAUGUAACAUGCUGAAGCACGAAGGUGUGAAGAUCAAUGCGGGACCGGUUUUGAACAAGAUUCUCACGUUCGGGCCACCUCUGGCUAAGACCAUGAAACACGAAUACGGCGCACUGGAGUGCUGUAUUGAGGUUGUGAAGAGCCUGGAUGAAGCUAUCAACCAUAUCCACGCAUAUGGAAGUGGACACACUGAAGUCGUUGUUACUGAAAACGACGACGUCGCAAAGAACUUCCAGAAACGAGUCGACAGUGCUUGUGUGUUCCACAACGCUAGCUCAAGAUUCGCUGAUGGUUUUCGGUUUGGUUUGGGUGCAGAGGUUGGUAUUAGUACGGCUAGAAUCCAUGCCAGAGGUCCGGUGGGUGUGGAAGGUCUUCUCACUACUAAAUGGGUCUUGUCGGGAGGUGGACACGCCGCUGCUGACUUUUCUGAAGGUGGCAACUGCCAGUGGCUCCAUGAAAGCUUGCCAACCAAUUAAUUUGAUUGAGUACAGAUUCAUUAUCCCAGUUUUAUUUUUAUUUAAUUUCCGCAACAUGUACAUUUUGUAAAUACAGACCUGUUAUGUUUUGAA